AUGACAAGACAGUUCUCCGCCUCCAGACAGCAAAAGUUGAUGGAUAUAAGCGGAUUCACCGAAGAGCAAUUGACUGUUCGCGACUCUAUUCAAAAGAUCUGUGCGCAAUUUCCGAAUGAAUACUGGCAGCAACAUGAUCAAAGUGAGACUGAUCCAAAGGAGCUGCAUGCCGCCUUGGCUGCCGACGGCUGGCUAGGUAUUGCGCUUCCCGAGGAGUUUGGUGGUGCAGGGCUGGGCAUUUCUGAAGCCACAAUGAUGCUGCAAACGAUAUCUCAAUCUGGAGCGGGAAUGGCAGGCGCACAAUCGAUUCAUGCCAACGUCUAUGCCACUCAACCACUAGCCAAAUUUGGCAACAAGGAGCAGUUAGAAUCAACAAUUCCCAACAUCAUCAGCGGAAAGACUAGAGUAUGUUUUGGUGUGACAGAGCCCAAUACCGGUCUCGAUACACUGCGGUUAAAAACGAGUGCAGCUCGGAAAGGAGACAAGUAUGUUAUUAGCGGUCAGAAAAUCUGGAUCACUUGUGCACAAGUAGCUUCGAAGAUGAUACUCCUCGCUCGGACCACGCCUCUGGAAGAGGUCCAAAAGCCUAGUGAAGGGCUUUCAAUGUUUUGUAUAGACAUUGAUAAGUCCAAUCCAGCACUGGAGCUUAAGAAGAUCAAGAAAAUGGGGGGUCGGGCCGUCGAUGCUAACGAAGUGUUCUUUGACCACUACGAAGUGCCUGAAAAUACCCUCAUUGGAACGGAAGGCCAGGGGUUCAAGAUCAUUUUGCACGGAAUGAACGCCGAAAGGUGUCUGCUAGCAGGAGAAGCGCUUGGACUGGGGUAUGCCGCGAUUGAAAAGGCGGCCAAGUACGCGAAGGAGAGGGUAGUCUUCGGGCGACCCAUCGGCAAGAACCAAGCAAUCGCUCAUCCUCUUGCGGAUGCAUAUAUGAACUUGGAGGCGGCCAAGCUGUCUGCUUACAAUGCAGCACGCCUAUAUGACAGGAGCACGAAGGAUAAGAGCAUCAGCCAGCAUGCUGUGGGAGUGGCUUGCAAUAGUGCCAAAUAUCUAGCGGCUGAGGCAGCGUUUCGAGCUUGCGAAAGAGCGGUGAUGACCCAUGGUGGGAUGGGAUAUGCGGCAGAAUACGAUGUUGAAAGAUACCUAAGAGAGUGUCUUGUUCCUCGGAUCGCACCAGUGAGUCGGGAGAUGAUACUCAACUUUGUGAGCGAGAAGGUAUUGGACUUGCCACGAAGUUAUUGA